AUCCUGGUCCUGCAGGCAGUGACACGGUUGCUCGAGCCCCCAGCGUGGCUUGAGGCUCGCGGGUCCCGGCUGGCACUCCUCAGCUUUCCCCCCUGAUGCUGCGAGGAGAGCGAGUGGUAAACGGGAAAAGGAAGGUUGGCCGGAUCCAGCGGGCUCCGUGGGUCGCUGCUGUCCGGGAGCACGGUGGGAGAAGGAGGAGAGCUGCCGAAAGAAAAGAGCAGGAGCCCAGCACUGUUUGUGAGAGGAGACCUCUGGGACCCCACUUACUAGGGGCGGAGCAGUGUGGUGCUGAGCUCGGGAUCUGGCUAUGGGAACUCCGCAAAGAGCAAAGCAGCUUUUGUGCAAAUCCCCUGGUUCUGUGGCACGCAAAGCAAGGAGCUGGAUUUGGAUCCUCAGCCUCAGGCCGUGUUUUGAAGCUUUCCCAAACGAUUGCCAUGACCAGAAAUGUGUUUUCUACUUUCUCAGAGGUUCACAGUCUUUUCACAUGACUCCAAGGGCUCUAGGGACAUUUGAAAAUUAAUUGCCGUUUGGGAAGUUUCUCCAGUUUUUAAACUUGACUGACUCAGCAAAAUGCUUGCUCCAGUCCCAGAACUGUGGAACUACAUCCCAGAGGAAAUCCUCAUCCAAAUUUUCUAUUACCUUUCUCUUCAAGACAGAUACGCAGUCUUCCAGGUGUGCAAACAGUGGGCUAGAGCUGUUUCUUCUAGCUCUGUUUGGCAUUUCACAGAGAUCAGAUGUGAUUCAGAGGAUGAGGAAAGCAUGCUGCAGAGCCUGGUCCAGUUCCUCAGCCAAAUCAAACACCUGAAGAUUGUGUUUGACCAGUCCAAAGAGGUCAACCGGCAGAAUGUGAGGCACAUCUUAGAUCUGUUGGCAAAACAGAGUCACAAACUGCAGCAGCUGUGCAUCGUGUGCCACGGGGAAAACCCCUAUUUCUACUCUGGCCAGGACAUCCUACAGAGCAUACGGAAUAUAUGUGAUGCUAGAAACCAGAUAGAUCUGCAGCAUAUUGAUUUCCGAAAAAUGCCCUUUACUCUUGAUGACGAGCUUGUUGAACUCAUAGCUACCACCAACCCAAACUUGCAUAGUUUGUUCAUCAACAACCACACCCUGGUAUGCAAUGUGGCGCCGGACACUAUUGGGAAAGUUCUCAGAGCAUGUCCCAGACUCUCAGCCUUGGGGGUUUACUACGCCAGUUUGUCUGAUGAUGUAUUUCUGGAACUGCUCAAGCCAGAAAGAGCAGCUUUCAUGCAUUUAGACAUUUUCUGUGAGCGCCUGGACAAAUAUAUACCUGUCAUCUCAGAAGAGCUCUGGGCUGCUGUAAGUCAAAAGCAUCCUCAGCUCUGCGUAGACCUGGAAUUUGAUCAUACAGUCCCUGCCUGCAAAAUACCGCGGAUCCUAAAGCUGAACAUACCUGUGAGCACGCUGCAACUUAACACCUAUACUUACAUGGUAAAUCAGAUUAGGUUUGUCACCCAGAGCUACAGCAGUACUUUAAAGAAGCUGACACUACAGACCACGUCCUCGGAGGAGUUAAAUUCCUCGCUAAUAGAUCUGGCUAGGCACUGUCAGAAGCUGUUGGAGAUCCACUGCUACUGUGUGGUCAGCCAGGAGGUGGUGGAAGCGUUCCUCACACACUGCCCCGGCCUGAAACAAUACACUCUCAAGAUCACCAAGGAGCGACACCCCUGGAAACCAGUGACAAUUCAGUGACCUCCUGCCUUCCUGGGGAAAUUGUGGGGAGCUGCAGGAGUACAGUGAGAGAAGCUUUAGGACUAUGAGGAAAACACUGUAAAAUGCCCCUUGUGCUUGCUGCAACCAUGCUAUUUCACUAUCACUGACUGUUCAAUAUGAUGCACACCCAUUCAGCAGACUGAGCAUUUGUACUCAAAUGUGAUAGAGAAAGGGUUAUAUAGAGAAAUAGAGUUGCCUAUUUUAAACUUUUCUUUAUUGGAAUAUGGAGGACAUGUCUUUUUUCUUCUCUGCUUCUUUAUUUAGCAAUAGCAGGAAUGCCAAACAUCCGUCAUGGAGUUUUACGGAGGAGUUUUACAUGGAGUUUUACAGUGAAAUUUAGUUUUGAUUUUUAGUUUUAAAAGAACCUCAGUCAAGUAUAUUGUGUCAGGUGUCCAGCAACUACUUAGAUGGACAGUUAAAGAAGUAACAGCUUCAGUGCAGCCAUUUUGUGUUCACUGGGGUACUUAGCCAUGUGGAUUCUGUGGGCUAUAGCAACAAACUGUGGUCAUCUGAUGGAAAAUCCACCCUAAAUUUGAUAAUUCCUCUUCUGGCAUUUUUGUGAUCGUGAGCUCACCCAAUAUCCAGAUGUCAGGUAACUCCAGUUUGGAAGGAUUUAAAUAGGAUGUGAAUUAUGUUAGAAGAUGCAAGCAGGAAAAAAAGCACUUAAGGAAAAACACUGGCAAGGUAGUAAUAAAAGGCAAGUAGUAGUCUGCAAAUAUUCUUUUCCAUCCUUUCUUUCUGUUUCUCAGGAAUGCAGAUUUCCAGGUUAUAAUUCGAAUGCCUUUUGCAAAGACUUUUGCUUUCAUUAAAUUGUUAAUAUGUCUUAGGAGAAGCAAGAGCAUUUACAGAUUUUUUGUACCACCUUGCACUCAACAACUAAUGGCAAAGGUAUCUUGAACCUGAA